AUGCCCGAGUUUGGCCCCACCGGUAGAAGAAUCAUCUACAAGGAUGGCAAGCCAUGCCGCUCGUGCAACACCCUACUUGAUUUUCAGAUGGCCAUGCCCGGCAAGGCUGCCAGACCUGCUGUUAUUGCAGCAGAUCUGACAGCUCCUGUCACUGUCGUCGAAGACAAGCAAUGCCCGCCAGACGUUGAGCUCCUCGGGCGUUCCUCGUGGACGCUUCUCCACUCCAUCGCCGCCAGCUAUCCCGCGAACCCAUCGCCAAUCCAGCAGGAGGACAUCAAAACGUUUGUCUCCAUCUUUUCGCGCAUCUACCCGUGCUGGUUCUGCGCGGACGACUUCCAGGCCUAUAUCAAGAAAAACGAGGUUCAGGUCAAGUCUCAGGAGGCGUUUGGCAAGUGGAUGUGUGAAGCACAUAACGAAGUGAACAGGAAGUUGGGCAAGAAAGAGUUUGACUGUAACUUGUGGCAACAGAGGUGGAAGGACGGGUGGAAGGGCGACAACUGA